AUGGUUGUCCGUAUUACUUCCUGGAACGUCAACGGGAUCAGGAACCCCUUCAGCUACCAGCCGUGGAACGAAAACCGCACCUUCAAGGCCAUGUUUGACAUCCUCGAGGCAGACAUAGUUGUGCUCCAAGAGGCCAAAAUCCAGCGGAAGGACCUGAGGGACGAUAUGGUGCUUGUGCCCGGCUGGGACGUCUACUUCAGCUUGCCGAAACACAAGAAAGGCUAUUCCGGCGUUGCCAUAUACACCCGCAACUCUGUCUGCGCACCUAUCCGAGCUGAGGAGGGCAUCACGGGGGCCCUGUGUCCUCCGAAUACGACCACGCCGUUUUGCGAGCUGCCAGAGGACCAGCAGAUUGGAGGCUACCCACAGCCGAGCCAGCUCUCGGGCGUCGUUGAUGUCACCACACUUGACUCUGAGGGCCGCUGCGUCAUCCUGGAGUUCCCUGCCUUCGUCCUCAUCGGAACAUACAGUCCGGCAACACGUGACGAGUCUCGAGACGAUUUUCGACUCGGCUACCUAGAAGCCUUGGAUAUUCGUGUGCGAAACCUCGUCCGCAUGGGUAAGCGCGUGAUACUGACCGGCGAUCUGAAUGUCAUACGCGCCGGCAUCGACACAGCCAAUCUUGCCGAGCGACUGAAGAAGGAGGCCAUGACCACGGAAGAUUUCUUUUCGGCUCCUUCUCGCCGGCUGUUCAAUCAGCUGGUCUACGGCGGGAACGUCUAUGGACAGCGAGAUGACGGCCGAGAGGAGCCAGCACUAUGGGACCUGGGAAGACUCUUCAAUCCUGCCCGUGAGGGCAUGUUCACCUGCUGGGAAACCAAGAAGAACGCCCGGCCUGGCAACUUUGGCAGCCGCAUUGAUUAUGUUCUAUGCAGCGACAACAUGAAAGAAUGGGUCAUCGACUCUAAUAUACAGGAAGGCCUCAUGGGUUCGGACCAUUGCCCGGUCUUUGCUACUUUAAGUGACCAGGUCACCUUGGAUGGGGCAGCUGUACACCUCCGUGACCUAUUAAAUCCAACAGGCGUCUUUCAGGACGGCGACCGAAUAAGGGAGUGGACCGUGAAAGAUCUGUUGCCCAUGUCAGCAAAGUUGAUACCGGAAUUUGAUCGACGCCAAAACAUUAAGGACAUGUUUUUCAAAAAACCGAGCACCACCCCAAAAGUACCUUCAACGCCAGCGAGUGAGCCGUGCUCAGAACCAGCAGCAGAAGCAAUAGAAAAUCUACAAACUGUAGAACCUCAGACUCUACAACAAUUCGAAGCGAUUAAUCCUCUCCCCUCUCAGGAAAAUGGCAGUCCCUCGAUAUCGGCUCCAUCGCCUUCAAAGUCACCUCGGGCAGGUCUGAAGCGAACGCCAUCUGCCUCGGCAUCUACUAAGCCACAGAAAAAGCAGAAGGCCAUGUCGAAUAAGGAGUCUUCACUGGGAAAGGGACAGAGCAGUCUGAUGGGCUUCUUCAAACCAAAGACCACAGCGACUCCGAAGAAGGUCCCCGAAGCAGAAGAAGGUUUAGGGCCCAAACUCGGCUUCGACGGAACUGCGGAUCCUGAUGACCUCAGAGGGACGACGCCAGCCCAUAUUACGCCGGAAAAGAGUGCGGUGCCUGCGACUUCCGAAAAGGUCUUUGAUCCUAUUGAAAACAAAGAAUCAUGGUCAAAGCUGUUAGGGAAGAGGAUCCUUCCAAAGUGUGAGCAUGGCGAGGAGUGCGUCAGCAUGCUUACCAAGAAACCAGGCAUCAACUGCGGAAGGUCGUUUUACAUGUGCCGUCGGCCGCUUGGCCCGUCAGGAGACAAGGAAAGGAACACUGAGUGGCGUUGCAAGACGUUCAUAUGGAGUAGCGAUUGGAAUGGAUCACAAUCUCAGCCACCAUGA